CCGGAAGCGUGAGUUACAAGAAUUCAACCGUUAACAGUCACAGCUCAGCUGUGACCUUUAAUUUGAAAUGCAAAGCCGGAAGCGAGGAUUCUAUGUUGGCGCUCUUGACACAUCUCCACCCAGGCGCUUGUUCAUCCUGUUGCGUUUAUCACCUGUCAGUGACCUCCUCCAAGUACAAACGCAUCCCCAGUUCUUAUUUUUUUAGCGGAGAAAGUCACCAUAAAGUAUUAUUUUCAUAAGAAUAUUCUGCGUUAAACUCUAGAGCGGUAGAGACGGAGUGAUAUUAUUUCAAGGGACGGGCGGUGUGGAGAGCUUUUACGCGUCUUUGAGCGCCGGUGUGAAUUCCAUUUUUUAUCUUUUUCAAAAAGAAAAUGUGCGCAGUAUUACAAUAAUUGUCAUCUGCGCGAUGAGGUACGGCAUGGUGAUUCUCUCAGCCGGCUUUUCGGGUUUGCUCAGUUUUUGCUUCCUCGCCGUGUCAGUCGGAACCGAUUAUUGGUACAUUAUCGAUGUGAAUAAGCCCAACUACACCGACUCGGAGGAGCUGAGUUCCUACUCCGGACUGUGGAGAAUUAAUGAAGGAUCACAAAAGAGUUCCGUCAUCCCUACCUUCACUGCAAAUAUGUCUUCCCUGUCCGAGAUGGAGAGGCACCUUCUCGAGCUGCACAAGGCGGUGGUCAUCAUACUGCCACUGGGCUUGGUGCUGUUGGUGUUUGGUUGGAUUUUCGGGCUCGCCAGUUCGUUGGCCUCCAGCCCGAAGCUGCUGACCGGAACCGCAUUCUACUUUCUCUUCUGCAGCCUUUUCACUCUGACUGGGGUGAGCAUCUACAUCCAGUAUUCCAACAAGGCCAUGGAGGAGUUCCAGCGGAUCGUGGCCCCGGAGGAACUCGCCUACGUGAACGUGUCCUUCGGCUGGUCCUUCGCCAUGGCGUGGAUCUCCUUCGGUCUGGAGCUAGCUGCUGGCCUACUGCUCCUGCUGGCCGCCAAAGUCACCCAGAUGAAAGGACGCUACGACUGCGGCGUCGCCGUCACUUUGUGAAUGUCAAAAGUCCGCGGGUUGUGCAGUUGACCUUUCGCUAAACUCCCCGAAAAAAGGCAGACUGGCCAAUCGCAGCAGAGCUCUGACACUUUUCAUGGUGGCACAAUCCAUCCAUCCAUUCUCUAUAGCGCUAAGUCCACCAUAUGGCAUUCUGUAGACUAUAUAUAUAUAUAUAUAUAUAUUUUAACCUUUUAAUGUAUUUGUUCUGUUUACAAAACCCCAAACUAAUCCAGACAAAUCCAGGCUCUGGAUAAAUCACGGCACACCCUUCUGCCUUGCUUCGUCUGUCUGAAAUGUCAUUUUCCCCAAAAUUUGAUAAGGCUCCUCCAGGGAGCACAGGGAGUGUCAGUUCCCGAAGCUUGACGCUAGCAACAGUAACUGAAGGGGGAACAAGUCUUAGCAAAAGGUCAAUACCGUUAAGAACAAAAGAGCGACAAAAGCCCGCCUUAUUUUAUGUGAAUAUUAUACAUCAAGUUCAGUUUUAGGUCUUAUUGUAUGUGGAUGUAGUGUAUGUUUAGUUCAGUUAUAGUUCCCAUUCAUGCAUGUGUGUUGUACAUUUAGUUUUUUAUUUGUUGUUGUAUCUAAACGUAUUGUGCAUACAGUUCAAUUGCAUUGAUCAGUACACAAUCCAUUUGUAAUUAUAUCACCAGGCAAAAACAAAGGCAGAAGUAAUAGUAACAACUGUAAUCAGUCGAGAUUUACUGAAGCAGUGCUGCGCUUCCAUUGAAAUGUCGCAGGAGACAAGACGUGUUAUGAGUUUGUACCAUGUAUUAAUAGGAUCUACAUGUAAACAGGUGGAGGGGAGUAGUUUAGUGCAUCAUGGGAAAUCGCUACGUCAGUCUAGGCCUAGCAAAGCAUGAGUCAACCCAAACAAUAGCGUAAGCAAAGUUGCAAGAUUUAAACUGGAAGAUUGGUUGCUAUUAAUACAAAAAUUAUUUUUGCGACAAUAAUGAUGGUCUAAGGACAGACCCCUGUGGAACAUCAUGGCUGAAUUUUAAUUUGGAGCCUGUUGCUGUUUUGCCACACAAAUGCUCCAAUCCUCAAACUGUUAGUCAAUAAUGUUCAAAUCAUGUUAAUUUCUUUUUGGAUGAAUCACAAUAAUCCAGCCGAGAAGUCAUACAAGAAGAUUUUGAAUUUGUUUUAGAUGGGUGUUGAAUGACAAAUCCUGCUAGAAUACAAAUAAAGAGCACACGCACACACAAAAAAUGACAACACUUAUGAUGGUAACUUCUGUUUCAGUGUGCAUUCAUGUUGCGGUAAUUAAUGUCUUUGUAGUUUAACAGAGUUAUUGCAAUAUAUUGGAAUUUUACACACUGACUACCAUUCUUUUGGAUUAGUUCGUGGAAUUAUUUUGUGGAAAUAUGUUUUCAUUUUUCUUUGCAGCUGCAACGCAAAAUAAAUCGAGCAUCAGGGAAGGCUACAAA